AAAACACACAAUUGGCAAUAAUAUACAUGAAAACACAUAACGCACUUUAAAACACAGUAACACAAAAUAACAUGUUUCAAACACAAUAAAGCACAAAAGUAAUAAAUAAAUCAUAAUACGACAACAAAUAUCGAAACACCAAAAUACACACAAUAACAUGCGUCAUAAAACACAAAAGCGCGCAUCCAAACACAAUACAGAAUAACACACAAUAAAUCACAUGAAAGCACUGUCUAGGUGUUACUUCCGCUGUGAAAUGAUUGGCUGGUUUUGUUUCCUGUGACUCCGCCCCUCGGCUCUGUCUGUCAUAAGUGAAACCUUUCUUCGCUCAAACUCUCAUUGUGUCAUCAGCCUCUCAUUUCUCUUCCUGUCUGUCGUCUGCUGAUAUUUCACACCACUUCUUCCUCUCUCACACACACACACACACACACACACACUGUUGGGUUCUGCUGUUGUAAGGAUGAUUCUAGCGACUGUGCGUCAACUUCUUUCUAGGGCGCUCCUGGAGCAGAAGCAGCGGCGAAAGCGUCAGGAACCGCUGAUGGUCCAGCCGAACUCAGAGGGACGUCCCCGGCGCUCGCGUCCCCGCCGAAGUGAAGAACAAGCCCCGCUCGUGGAGACACACCUCAGCACUGCCAGCGACAUCAUCCUGGACGGCAUCGACGGCCCCGCGGCUCUGCUGGGGUCAGAAGCUCCAGAUCUGUGCUGUAAGAUCCAGGUUCAGUCGGUCAGUCGACCGCAGCAGACCUCACUGCCCUCCGCAGAAGAACCAGACACACACACACUGCUGGAGACACGCGGACUGUCUUGCAGCAUGAACUACGACGAGGCCAGUGAUGAUGAAGAUGAUGAUGAUGAGGAUGAAGAGCCGAACACAGAGAGCACUCGUCCUGCGUCGACCUCCAGCACCAAAUCCACCACGGAGUGUGUCCCGCUGGGUUCCCCGUCGCCCGAGGGCUCCUCCAUAGAGGUGGAUAAUCUGGAGGAGUUUGUGCUCCGUCCGGCUCCGAGGGGGGUCACCGUCAAGUGUCGCAUCUCACGGGACAAGAAGGGCAUGGACCGCGGUCUCUAUCCCACGUACUUCAUGCACCUGGAGAGAGAAGACGGCAAGAAGGUGUUCUUACUGGCCGGACGCAAGAGGAAAAAGAGCAAAACCUCCAACUAUCUGAUCUCUGUGGACGCCACAGAUCUGUCCCGAGAGGCGGAGAGCUUCAUAGGAAAACUGAGGUCGAAUCUGAUGGGAACCAGGUUUACGGUGUACGAUAACGGCACGAACCCCUCGAAAACCCCCGGAGCGCUGCUGGAGGAGACCAACACUCGGCAGGAGCUCGCCACCAUCUGCUACGAGACCAAUGUUCUGGGCUUCAAAGGGCCGCGGAAGAUGACCGUCAUCAUUCCUGGGAUGAACAUGAACUUCGAGCGUGUUCCGGUUCGUCCGGCGUGUGAGCAGGAGUCUCUGCUGAGUAAAUGGCAGAAUCUCUCGCUGGAGAAUCUGAUCGAGCUGCACAAUAAAGCGCCGGUGUGGAACGACGACACACAGUCUUACGUGCUCAACUUCCACGGCAGAGUCACGCAGGCCUCCGUCAAGAACUUCCAGAUCGUGCACGAGAACGACCCUGAAUACAUCGUGAUGCAGUUUGGUCGUGUGGCGGAGGACAUCUUCACUCUGGACUUUAACUACCCCAUGUGUGCCCUGCAGGCCUUUGCUAUCGGCCUGUCCAGCUUCGACAGCAAACUGGCCUGCGAGUGACCAUGAGACACACACACACACACACAGACACACACACACACACUCAGGACACUAGAGCACGAUCCUCCUCACCGUGUCUCCAGUGUGUCCGAGGAUUUGUGCUAUAUCACAAUAAUCAGAAAUAAAAGGACCAAAGAAAUUAUUUUUGUAGAGGAAACACAUCAAAUCAUUUAACUUUUUACUACAUGAAAUAACUGACAAGAUGAUCCCACGACUUAUUUUCCUUAUGUUUCUUUUUCACUGGAUUUAUGUUUUAAUAGACCACUAGAAAACUAAACUGAGGGGUUUAUUCUGAAAUGCAGAGAGAGAGAUUUUAUUUAGGCUUUUUGUGAUGUUUUCUGUGAUGUUUAGUAAGUGUCUGAUGGAUAUGAAGAGUAUGAUGUCAUGGAGAAUCUCACACAAACUGUUCAGAUUUUUAUUGAAACUUGUUUGUAUUUUUAGAGUUAACUUUUUCCCCCGCACAAUUGUGAGUUUUUAUAUCACAAUUUCAGCAUUCAUGUUUCUGCAAUUAUAUCGUGCAAUUCUGUUUAUAUCUCACUAUUCUCUGUUUAUAUCACAAUUCUUAAUAUUUUGCACAAUGCUGAGUUUAUAUCUUGAAAUUCUGAUUAUUAUUAUUUUUUUAUCCAGAGGAGGAAACAAGCUUCCUUAGAGUUCACCACUGAAAUUAAAAGAAAAAAAUAAGAAAUUAUAUUUUGCAUUCAGAAAAUUAAUCGGAAAAAUCAUGUAAUAGAGCAACUGGGAAUUACAGUAAAUUAUAUAGAUGCAUUACGGAAGUGAACGUUUUCAUAUCUUAAAAUAUGCUGGUCAUCCUAGAUGUUUCUUUAUGAGAUUUUAUUUUUUUAUUUGGAUGAUGCUGAUGUACUUUUUUGCAUUUUGCAUGUUCAUGAAUAUGACAUUUUUAACACUUUAUGUUUUUAUUUGUCUUUUCACUUGUCUUUGCUCACCAAA